AACGGAAAUGCGUCAUCACACUGACAGCACGCACAGCUGGCGGGAAAUCCUAGAUUAUGAAUACCGACUUAAUGGUGUUGGUUAUUGUUAUCAAAACAGCUGUGUUGGGAUCAGUUUAAUGUAAAUGCGUCUUUUUCAUCUUGUUAAUGUUCCGGGUCUUCGCUAUCUGACGGGAAAAUGGUUCAAAUAGUCAUAAGAUCCAGUGUGGAUGGCAGCAGUCCUCCAGAAUGGCUGCUGGUGGAGCUGCAGGGAGAGAUGGUUUCCAGACACAACUCUGGUCUGGCAGGAAAUGUGAUGGGAGACCUGAUGUAUACCAAAGAGGGGGUGCCAGUGCUUAUUGUUGGACAUCAUAUUCUAUAUGGGAAGCAGGUCAAACUGGAGAAACCCUUCGCCGUCCUCACCAAGCAUUCCAGCCUUUUGCAGGAUCGCCUGGGCAGCCAUGACAACGAUGAUGUCACACAGGUACCUAUGGAAACAAACCAGCAAGGACCCACCUCCACCUCCUACUCCGUGUCUGCCGUCAUCAAACGGAAGCUGAUCUUUAAGACGCGCCCAAAACCCAUCAUCACUAACGUACCCAAGAAGCUGUAGCGGGACUGCGAUUUCCUCACUGGGUCAGAGGUGCGUUAUUAUGGAACCCACGCAACUUCGAGGCAAGGCCCGCCCUUCAAUAGCAUUAACGCACUACUAUUGGCCAGGCGUCCAUGCUUAUGCUAGGUAAUGUAACCUGAUUUGUUCAGGUCCUAUCCCCUGACCAAUCGGCUAUCCUAACCUUAACCACUCAAGGUUAAUGCCUAAACCCAACCAAUCGAGCUGCUUCGUAGGGCAGGACUUGCCUAGAAGUUAACGUGGGAUCCAUAAUAACGCGUCAGAGGUCCUGUGUGUGACGGGAACAAACUGAUCUGGACCCGGACUUAGAAAAAACUGAGUUUAAAAGCUUGUACUUCAGUUUAUGUUAUCCAGCUCUGAUAUGAUGCAGUUUGAUUAUAUAUUUGUUGUACAAUUGAUCAAUACCUGCCAACCUUUAACCAGAACGGAUUCCAACGAGAGACUUUAAUGCGGCUCCUUGCAUGUAUGAAUGAAUGUUUUAUUGUUUCCCUGAGAUUCGUAGAAAACGUUUAAAGCCCCAUGAGGGUCUAAAUGUUUCAAAGGCUUUUGCACUCUGAAAAGAAUCACAUUGUGGAUGGAAUACAGAAUAAUCUUCUGUAAAAAAAUAAAUAAAAUAAAGAAUUUUGGAGAUCA